CAGGCAUUCGCCGCCGCGACUCGCCCUUUUCCCAGCCGGGACCGCAGCCCCUCCCAGAAGCUCCCCCAUCAGCAGCCGCCGGGACCCAACUCUCGUCUUCUUCACCGCGGGUUCUUCAGCUUGUCCUCUCCUAAGUCUCCACCGGGCACGGACCUCGCCCUGACCCGCCGGACACCGCGGCAGCAACCCUAGCAGCGACCGGACAAAAUGAGAGAGUGAGCCUGUCUCACGGGGACCCGUUUUUGGUCGAAACGGAUCGGAGUGUCGGGCCGGGCUGAGUAGAGCCGGGGAUGCGGGGCUAGACCGCCUACAGCGCCUCAGAGCGGAGCGGGCCCGGCCCGUGGCCCGAGCGGCGGCUGCAGCUGGCACAGCUCCUCGCCCGCCCUUUGCUUUCGCCUUUCCUCUUCUCCCUCCCCGGCUGCCCCGAGGGAGUCUCCACCCUGCUGCUCUCGCUCUCCCUCCUCCUGCCCAUCCCGGGACGGGGGCUCUUCCAUGGCGAAGGCAGCCAGGGCCCGCUAGGCUGAAGCGCCUGGCCGGAGCGACGAGGCUGCUGGCCACGGCGCUGUCGGCUGUCGUGAGGGGCUGCCGGGUGGGAUGCGACUUUGGGCGUCCGGGCGGCUGUGGGUCGCUGUCGCCCCCAGCCCGGGGUGUGGAGAACCGAGGUCCCCUCAGUGAGGGGGAGGAGGGGGAACCGGGCACACCUGGUGACCCUGAGGUUCCGGCUCCUUCUCCCCGCGGCUGCGAACCCACGGCGGAGGAAGUUGGUUGAAAUUGCUUUCCGCUGCUAGUGCUGGUACGAGGGUAUUGUCACAGGAGCAGCAACAUGUCGACUGGGGACAGUUUUGAGACUCGGUUUGAAAAAAUCGACAACCUGCUACGGGAUCCCAAGUCGGAAGUGAAUUCGGAUUGUUUGUUGGAUGGAUUGGAUGCUUUGGUAUAUGAUUUGGAUUUUCCUGCCUUAAGAAAAAACAAAAAUAUUGACAACUUUUUAAGCAGAUAUAAAGACACAAUAAAUAAAAUUAGAGAUUUACGAAUGAAAGCUGAAGAUUAUGAAGUAGUGAAGGUGAUUGGUAGAGGUGCAUUUGGAGAAGUUCAAUUGGUAAGGCAUAAAUCUACGAGGAAGGUAUAUGCUAUGAAGCUUCUCAGCAAAUUUGAAAUGAUUAAGAGAUCUGAUUCUGCUUUUUUCUGGGAAGAAAGGGACAUCAUGGCUUUUGCUAACAGUCCUUGGGUUGUUCAGCUUUUUUAUGCAUUCCAAGAUGAUCGAUAUCUCUACAUGGUGAUGGAAUAUAUGCCUGGUGGAGAUCUUGUAAACUUAAUGAGCAACUAUGAUGUGCCUGAAAAGUGGGCACGAUUCUAUACUGCAGAAGUGGUUCUUGCAUUGGAUGCAAUCCAUUCCAUGGGUUUUAUUCAUAGGGAUGUGAAACCUGAUAACAUGCUGCUGGAUAAAUCUGGACAUUUGAAGUUAGCAGAUUUUGGUACUUGUAUGAAGAUGAAUAAGGAAGGUAUGGUACGAUGUGAUACAGCAGUUGGAACACCUGAUUAUAUUUCCCCUGAAGUAUUAAAAUCCCAAGGUGGUGAUGGUUAUUAUGGACGAGAAUGUGACUGGUGGUCAGUUGGGGUAUUUUUGUAUGAAAUGCUUGUAGGUGAUACACCUUUUUAUGCAGAUUCUUUGGUUGGAACUUACAGUAAGAUUAUGAACCAUAAAAAUUCACUAACUUUCCCUGAUGAUAAUGACAUAUCAAAAGAAGCAAAAAAUCUCAUUUGUGCCUUCCUUACUGACAGAGAAGUGAGAUUAGGAAGAAAUGGUGUAGAAGAAAUCAAACGACAUCUCUUCUUCAAAAAUGAUCAGUGGGCUUGGGAAACACUYCGAGACACUGUAGCACCAGUUGUACCUGAUUUAAGUAGUGACAUUGAUACUAGUAAUUUUGAUGAUUUAGAAGAUGAUAAAGGAGAUGAAGAAACAUUCCCUAUUCCUAAAGCUUUUGUUGGCAAUCAACUACCUUUUGUAGGAUUUACAUAUUACAGCAAUCGUAGAUACUUACCUUCUGCAAAUCCUAAUGAUAACAGAACCAGUUCCAAUGUGGAUAAAAGCUUGAGCUCAACUUCAAAUAUAAAACUAGACAAGAUAAUGAAAGAAUUGGAUGAAGAGGGGAAUCAAAGAAGAAAUCUAGAAUCUACAGUGUCUCAAAUUGAGAAGGAAAAAAUGUUGCUACAACAUAGAAUUAAUGAGUACCAAAGAAAAGCUGAACAGGAAAAUGAAAAGAGAAGAAAUGUAGAAAAUGAAGUUUCUACAUUAAAAGAUCAGUUGGAAGACUUAAAGAAAGUCAGUCAGAAUUCACAGCUUACAAAUGAGAAGCUGAUACAAUUACAGAAGCAGCUAGAAGAAGCCAAUGACUUGCUUAGGACAGAGUCAGACACAGCUGUAAGAUUAAGGAAGAGUCAUACAGAAAUGAGCAUAUCAAUUAGCCAGCUAGAGUCCCUGAACAGAGAAUUGCAGGAGAGAAACAGAAUUUUAGAGAAUUCCAAGUCACAAACAGACAAGGAUUACUACCAGCUACAAGCUGUAUUGGAAGCUGAACGAAGAGACAGAGGUCAYGAUUCUGAAAUGAUUGGAGACCUUCAAGCUCGAAUUACAUCUUUACAAGAGGAGGUGAAGCAUCUCAAACAUAAUCUUGAAAGAGUGGAGGGAGAAAGAAAAGAGGCUCAAGACAUGCUUAAUCAUUCAGAAAAGGAAAAGAAUAAUUUAGAGAUAGAUUUAAACUACAAGCUUAAAUCAUUACAACAAAGGUUAGAACAAGAGGUAAAUGAACACAAAGUAACCAAAGCUCGUUUAACUGAUAAACAUCAGUCUAUUGAAGAGGCAAAGUCUGUUGCAAUGUGUGAGAUGGAAAAAAAGCUGAAGGAAGAGAGAGAAGCUCGAGAGAAGGCUGAAAAUAGAGUUGUUCAGAUUGAGAAACAAUGUUCUAUGUUAGAUGUUGAUCUGAAACAAUCUCAGCAGAAGCUGGAACAUUUGACUGAAAAUAAAGAAAGGAUGGAGGAUGAAGUUAAGAAUCUAAGCCUGCAAUUGGAGCAAGAAUCCAAUAAGCGACUGUUGUUACAAAAUGAAUUGAAGACUCAAGCAUUUGAGGCAGAUAAUUUAAAAGGUUUAGAAAAGCAGAUGAAACAAGAAAUAAAUACUUUAUUGGAAGCAAAGAGAUUAUUAGAAUUUGAGUUAGCUCAGCUUACAAAACAGUAUAGAGGAAAUGAAGGACAAAUGCGGGAGCUACAAGAUCAGCUUGAAGCUGAACAAUAUUUCUCGACACUUUAUAAAACCCAGGUAAAGGAACUUAAAGAAGAAAUUGAAGAAAAAAACAGAGAAAAUUUAAAGAAGAUACAAGAACUACAAAAUGAAAAAGAAACCCUUUCUACUCAGUUGGAUCUAGCAGAAACAAAAGCUGAGUCUGAGCAAUUGGCUCGAGGACUUCUGGAAGAACAGUAUUUUGAAUUGACCCAAGAAAGCAAGAAAGCUGCUUCAAGAAAUAGACAAGAGAUCACAGAUAAAGAUCAYGCUGUUAGUCGGCUUGAAGAAACGAACAGCAUGUUAACCAAAGAUAUUGAAUUAUUAAGAAAAGAAAAUGAAGAGCUAACUGAUAAAAUGAGGAAGGCAGAGGAAGAAUAUAAAUUGAAGAAGGAGGAGGAGAUCAAUAAUCUUAAGGCUACUUUUGAAAAGAAUAUCAAUACAGAACGAACCCUUAAAACACAGGCUGUUAACAAGUUGGCAGAAAUAAUGAAUCGCAAAGAUUUUAAAAUUGAUAGAAAGAAAGCUAAUACUCAAGAUUUGAGAAAGAAAGAGAAGGAAAAUCGGAAGCUACAACUGGAACUCAACCAAGAAAGAGAGAAAUUCAACCAAAUGGUAGUGAAACAUCAGAAGGAACUGAAUGACAUGCAAGCGCAAUUGGUAGAAGAAUGUACACAUAGGAAUGAACUUCAGAUGCAGUUGGCUAGCAAAGAGAGUGAUAUUGAACAAUUACGAGCUAAACUUUUGGAUCUUUCGGAUUCUACUAGUGUUGCUAGUUUUCCUAGUGCUGAUGAAACUGAUGGAAACCUUCCAGAAUCAAGAAUUGAAGGUUGGCUUUCUGUACCAAAUAGAGGAAAUAUCAAAAGAUAUGGCUGGAAGAAACAGUAUGUUGUGGUAAGCAGCAAAAAAAUUUUGUUCUAUAAUGAUGAACAAGAUAAGGAACAAUCCAAUCCAUCUAUGGUAUUGGACAUAGAUAAGCUGUUUCAUGUUCGACCUGUAACUCAAGGAGAUGUGUACAGAGCUGAAACUGAAGAAAUUCCUAAAAUAUUCCAGAUACUAUAUGCAAAUGAAGGUGAAUGUAGAAAAGAUGUUGAGAUGGAACCAGUACAGCAAGCUGAAAAAACUAAUUUCCAAAAUCACAAAGGCCAUGAGUUCAUUCCUACCCUCUACCACUUUCCUGCCAAUUGUGAGGCCUGUGCCAAACCUCUCUGGCAUGUUUUUAAGCCACCCCCUGCCCUAGAGUGUCGAAGAUGCCAUGUUAAGUGCCACAGAGAUCAUUUAGAUAAGAAAGAAGACUUAAUUUCUCCGUGUAAAGUAAGUUAUGAUGUAACAUCAGCAAGAGAUAUGCUGCUGUUAGCAUGUUCUCAGGAUGAACAAAAAAAAUGGGUAACUCAUUUAGUAAAGAAGAUCCCUAAAAAUCCACCAUCUGGUUUUGUUCGUGCCUCACCUCGAACACUUUCUACAAGAUCCACUGCAAAUCAGUCUUUCCGGAAAGUGGUCAAAAAUACAUCUGGAAAAACUAGUUAACCAUGUGACCUACUGCCUUGUGGAAUCAUGUGGGAUGCUACCUGAUAAACCAGGCUUCUUUAACCAUGCAGAGCAGACAGGCUGUUUCUUUGACACAAAUAUCACAGGCUUCAGGGUUAAGAUUGCUGUUAUUCUGUCCUUGCUUUGGCACAAAAGCACACUGAAAGGGUUUUUUUAUUAUUAUUGCGGGUUUGCCUACAGGUAGAUUAGAUUAAUUAUUACUAUGUAAUGCAGAUACAAUUGGGGAAAGCUUAGCUAGAUAUAUUUUUUUAAAAAGGUGCUGCCUUUUUGAAUUUCUAAGAAAACGCCUGUCAGUUGUGAUAGAAUGCAGUUUUCCUCAUAUGAGUGAGAGGAAGGAAUUUUCACUUUCAAGUGGAAUGGCCAUCACUAUCAAGAUCAGCUCAUGGAAGGAGUAAAGAAAAUAUCUCAAAAUGAGACAAACUGAAGUUUUUUGUUUUGUUUUGUUUUGUUUUGUUUUUUAAAUGACUUUUAAGUUUUUGUGCUCUUGCAAGACUACAAAAUUAUUUUAAGAAAACAGUGACAUUGCUUGAACUUCAGUGCCCUCACUGUAGAAUUAAAAAGCCUUACUGUUGAUUGCUUGUGAUGGACUUGAAGGAGAAAUUAAAUAUCUUACAUUAUGCUUUACAAUACUGUAUAUGUUUCAGCAAGUUUGUAGAUUGGGGAAUGGGAAAGACAAAAAAUUACACUUAAUCUAUGCAUUUUUGCCAAGCCAUAUUAUUUUACUACUAGAGACAUUAGGAACUAACUGUACAAAAGAACCAAGUUUAAAAGCAUUUUGUGGGGUACAUCAUUUCUGUAAUUAUAUAAUGUAUUUCUUUGUGGUUUUAAGUGAUAAAGACAUUAAGUUAACAAACAUAUAAGAAAUGUAUGCACUGUUUGAAAUGUAAAUUAUUCUUAGAACACUUUCAGUGGGAGUUGCAUUGCCCUUUUAGUGCCUUAAUUUGAGAUAAUUAUUUUACUGCCAUAAGUAUAGAAAUUUCAAAAAAAACAGAUUUUCAAAAAAUUAUGUGUGUCAGUGGGUUUUUCAUUGAUAAUUGGUUUAAUUUAAAAUGUUUAGAGAUUUGUUGGACUUUCAUAAAUUGAGUACAAUCUUUGCAUCAAACUACCUGCUACAAUAAUGAAUGACUUUAUAAAACUAUCUGCAGAAAUUAUUCAAGGUUGCACCAAUGUAAAAAGAAAAUUAUGGCAAUACAUCCAUGAUGUUUUCCAGUUAACAUAGGAAUUACCGUAUAAAUACUGUUAAACUCUUGUUUAGUAACAAGAGUUGAUUUGUAUGGGCAGUAUGAUUUAUUGUUUAUUUUUUAACCAAAUACCUCCUCAGUAAUUUAUAAUGGCUUUGCAGUAAUGUGUAUCAAAUAAGAAGCACUGGAAAACUGAUCGUCUCUAGGAUGAUAUGCAUGUUUCAAGUGGUAUUGAAAGCCGCACUGAUGGAUAUGUAAUAAUAAACAUAUCUGUUAUUAAUAUGCUAAUGACUCUGUGCUCAUUUAAUGAGAAAUAAAAGUAAUUUAUGGAAGGAUAUUUUUAAUGAUGACUGCUAUGGUCUUUUCUUGUGGCUGAAAAUGAAUAGAGAAGCACUGCAAAUUAGUCCCUGAUUGUAUACAAAUGUUCAUUAAAU